CCUAGCUCAAAUGUUGAAAUUAUCGUGUCGAAAUCACAGCAGAAUCAUCAUACAGCAGCUACCACUGCUGUCACUACGCCUACGACUUCGCCUUCACCUACGAAUAUACCACCAGAACGCAUUAUUCGCUGUGAUUCAAUUGAAAUCCUCAAAGUUCCCUAUACAACAAACACUACAGAUGGCUUUUAUCAUUCAAUUGAAGUGAAGAAAAAUCAAUUCCCCAGUACUAAUUCACCAAUUCAGCCAAAAACUUCCCUAGACUUUAUCGUUGACUCGAAACUUGCCAAAGAAUCGCCCACUGACUCUUCUUCAAAAGUGGAUCACAGAAAAUGGAGAAAAGGCAGGAUAGAAAGUCCACAGAAAAAGAAAUCUCAUGAAUCUGUUGUUAUAUACCGUGAAACGAAUGAUACUACAACCACUGGUGGCGAACGCUUACAAGCCAAACUAGAUAGUCCAGUCAGUGCAGAAAUGAAUCCAACAGAAUUUAGCGAGGAUCCUUUUGUAAUGAGCUCAAAUUGUGUAUUAGGCAAUUAUUCUAUCUCUUCUGGUUAUCAUACUAUCUCUAGUCGUUGUGGGAAUAAUCAAGUCAUCUCUACACCAAACCAUAAUACACUGCUGACGUCAUUAAGUGACGAAAUAAGUAGUAGUACUAGUGUGAAUAAUCCUUUAUAUACGUGCCAUUCCUUGAAACAAAUUAAUAAUUCUAACGUUUCAAAUUAUGAUAAUUCGAUAGAAUAUUUUUCAGAUAAAGAUACCAUACUACUUACAAACAAUAAUAAUUCAGUAGGCGGUUGUAAUAAUUCUUCAUCGUCAUCAAAAAAACCCAACUCAAAUUCAUCAAGACGACAUACUUAUGUAAAUUUAGGGAAUUCACAUGAAACGAAUCACCUGAUUGACACAAUAAAGAAUGGUGAUCAUCAUUCUCACCAUCAACAGCGGUCAGAUCAAACAAUAGAACUGGACCGUAGGAAUUGGGCACCACCUGUAUAUAUCCUACCUGAUGAACGGAGGAAUCGACGCGCCACACUAACAACAACAUAUCCAAACACAAAUGAAGUUAAUCGUUCCGGGAACUCAGCAUCCUCUAAGGACCAGAUUCACCAACCGACUAGUGAUCCACAGGAACUUCAACAUGGUUCUUCUUCUUCUUCGAUGAGAAGGUUGGAAACAAAACUUGAAAGAAUUAAGUUUGGAACGAAGGAGAUUCCACGUACAAUUGGUGCACCAGCAGGGAAGCGAACAGCAUUGUUCCCUAAAGAG